AUGUUCCGCAACACCAUGAUCCGAUCCACAAGAACCCUGCGCUUCAGCGUCCCGUCCGCGCGUCCUUUCUCCCUCUCCGCCUCAAGAAGGGUCGAGCAAUACCCGAACAACGCGAGCACCAACUCAAAGACCAAGACGGACAAGUACGACAGCGACAGCCCUCACGCGGUACAAGAGAAGGUCAAGCAAGGAGACACACACAACGUCCAGGAGAGCAAUGCAAAGGCCGGAUUAGACAGCGCGCGAAAAGAGGGCAGUGGUGGCCAUGCGACUGAAGAAAAGGACUCGGCUGGCGGAAAGGACAAGGCGAAGAAGGAGUUCCCUGAGGCGCCGGACCCAGCUAUUGGCAUGCAGGACGAGAGAGGUGGACGUGGUGCUUAG